AAUUCCAAAUUUAAAAAAAUCAGUUGCGAACCUGUAAGUCAAACUGAAGAGGAUCAAAAAUGAAAGCGAUAUUGUUAAUGUUGUUAUCCUCGCAACUAUUUUCCACAUCAAAACAAACUGCAGAACAAUGUCAGCCAAGUACAUGCCUCAUCUCCGAAAACUGUCGGUGUUCUGGUGUCAACUCCCCCUUACCAGUAGAGGAAACACCACAGUUAAUUGCUUUAACUUUUGAUGAAGCUGUAGUGGACAAUCUUUUUAAUGAAUUGUGGAAACCACUCUUAUUUGACAGAAAAAACCCAGAUGGCAAUCCUAUAAGUGCUAGUUUCUUUGUUCCGCAUGAAUAUACAGAUUACUCUCAUGUUCAAGAGCUUUAUUUACAAGGAUAUGAAAUUGGUGUCAAUUCGAUAACAAAAAAUAGUUUGGCUGAAUACUGGGCCCAGGCAUCAGAACAAACACUAAUUGAUGAAUUCGGAGGUCAAAGAACACUUCUUUCUCAUUUUGCUAAUAUUCCUAUAACAGAUAUAACUGGAGCGCAAGCACCUCAACUUCAAAUCGAAGGAGACGUUUUAAUCAGGGCUUAUAUUGCUUCUGGUGUGAAAUAUGACAAUUCCUGGACGUCUAGAAGUACAGCCCACCUUUUCCCCUACACUUUAGAUUAUUUAUCAAGUCAAGAAUGCAGAUCAGAUACUUCUUGUCCACAGGAAUCUUAUCCCGGUUUUUGGAUCAACCCUAUAAAUAACAUUCGGGGAGAAAAUUUGGUUGAAUGUAAUGCCUUGACCAACUGUAAUGUUCAUGGGACAGCAAGCGAAAUAGCAUCUUGGCUACUACAGGAAGUCGAGCGCGUUCGAUCAACGAAUAGGGCACCUCUGACGCUACUCGUACCAUCAGCAUGGUUUCGCUUUAUAGAAAACAGUUUCGAAGGUUUUCAACAGUUCCUAGACUCAUUGACUGGAUACAGUGACAUUUUUCUCGUUAAUCAGAAACAAAUAAUAGAAUGGGUUCAGAAUCCGGUACCUCUGAGUGAAUUUCAAACUACUACUUCACAAAGAACUGCCUCUUGUACGAAAAUUACAUGUCCCCUCAUAAAGAACAACACAGAAACUAGAUACAUGACAUCGUGUGUAGUCCCUUGCCCAGACGUGUACCCUUGGCUGGGAAAUCCUUUAGGAAAAAUGUAACCGGACUGUAACAUGCUAUUGGUAUUACAAUUGUGUUUAAAUAAUAUCAGGAACUUUUAAAUCUAAAUAUUCCCAUAUAACAACUGAAGUCAGCACAGAAAAUCAUUGUCUUAUAAUAAGAAAUCCUGCCAAAGUUAAAUAUUACCAAUAAAGUAAAAACUAAAAAAUAUAUAUGGUAAAAUAAA